GUCGCCGCCCACUUUCCAGGCCACAGACAUCCGGACGGAGGUGGUGUGGGAGAUUCCGGAGUUUUCCGACAACUCAGGCGGGCGUGUGAACGUGAGCGGUAGUCAUGCCCCCGGCUCCCUGUUCCUGGUGGGAGAGACGCUCGUCCAGUACACCGGCACGGACGCCGCCGGCAACAACCGAACCUGUGACCUCAUCAUCACUGUCCAAGGGACGGCGUGCCACCAGCCGUUCACGCCCUUGAACGGGGAGUUUGUCUGCUCGGAGGAGGAGGAGGGGGUCAACUGUACCCUGUACUGUAACGAGGGCUACAGCUUUACCCACGAUGCAGUGCACAGCUACGUCUGCGCUUACAACGGGAUGUGGGAGCCAGCGCCCUCCCCAGAGAGACCCGACUGCUCCCUGAUCCGUGUUGCCAACCAUGGUAUCAAGCCCUUUGAGAUGCUGUUCAAAGCUUCUCGCUGUGACGACCUGGACCUGGUUAAGUCCUUCGCUGGAGAGUUCAACUCUAAACUGGAGGGAGUGCUCCCCACCAUGUGCAGCAGUGAAGAUAUCGCCUGUAAACUAGAGGUGAUGUCACAGGGCCAGUGUCUGGAGUACAACUACGACUAUGAGAAUGGAUUCGCCAUCGGUCCAGGGGGGUGGGGUAACAGAAGCCCUCAGGCUGGUCAGGACUAUGCCUACUUUGACACCGGCUUUGCCCCCGACCAGCAGCGCGCCCCCCUCCAGCAGGACGCCCGCGGUGCUGGCACCGCUACCGGUACGGCUCGCUACCGCGCCAAGAGGCAACGCAAGCUCCCCAGCGGGCCCAUGCGGGACCAGAAGAUCCAGAUCCUCUUCAACAUCACCGCAACCAUCCCUCUUCCCACGUCGAGGAACGACUCGGUGGAGGUGGCCAAUCAGAAGAGGCUGCUGCGCACCCUGGAGCAGCUGACCAAUCGGCUGAAGCGAACUCUGAGCAAGCAGCCGCUGUCCUCGUUCCGCGUGGCGUCGGAGAUGAUCGUGUCCGACCCCAAGUCCCUGGAGAGCAGGCGGGCGGCACUGUUCUGCCGGCCCGGCUCUGUCCUGAAGGGCAGGAUGUGUGUCCAGUGUCCGGUAGGGACCUACUACUCUCUGGAGUUUGGGGAGUGUGAGAGCUGCUGGAGGGGGUCCUUCCAGGACCAGGAGGGGCAGACGGAGUGUAAGACCUGUCCGGAGGCCUUCUCCACCCCCUACCUGCACUCACGCAGCCAAGCAGAGUGCAGAGCGCAGUGCAAGCCUGGAGGUUUCUCGAGGAACGGGCUGGAGACGUGUGAGUCGUGCCCGCUGGGUCACUACCAGCCUGGGUUCGGCUCCCGGGCCUGUCUGCCCUGUCCUGACCACACCUCCACCGUCACCAGGGGCGCCGUGGACGACACCGAGUGUGGAGUGCCGUGCUCGGCAGGUCACUUCUCCAGGACGGGCCUGGUGCCUUGUUACCCGUGUCCCAGGGACUACUACCAGCCUGAGCACGGACGCUCCUACUGCCUCUCCUGUCCCUUCUACGGCACCACCACGGUCACCGGGGCAACCGCCAUACAGCACUGCUCCAGUUUCGGCUCCAGUUUCCUCCCCAAGGAGGAAAGCGUGACCUCAGCUCCCGAGGUCGUGGUCAUAGAGGACUAUCAGGCCAGCAGCCAGAUGUUCCACGAGUGUUUCCUGAACCCGUGCCAGAACAAGGGCACAUGUGAGGAGGUGGGGGCGGGGUACGUGUGCACCUGCCUGCCCGGCUUCACAGGAGCCAAGUGUGAGACGGAUGUAGACGAGUGUGACUCCGUCCCCUGUCAGAACGGAGGCGUCUGCAAGGACGGGAUGGGAGACUUCAUCUGUCAGUGCAAGCCUGGAUAUUUAGGUUUGCUGUGUGAGGUGGAGACCAACGAGUGUAGCUCCUCCCCCUGUCUGAACGAGGGGGUGUGUGUGGACGAGGUCAACCAGUUCACCUGCAGCUGUACUGACGGGUACACAGGUUCGCGCUGUGAGCUUGACAUCGACGAGUGUGUGUCGGGCCCGUGUCUGAACGGGGGCGUGUGUGAGGACCUGACGGGAAGCUUCUCCUGCAUCUGCACCCAGGGCUUCUCGGGGGAGCGCUGCCAGGUCAACGUGGACGAGUGCGACAGCGCCCCCUGUCUGAACGGAGGCUCGUGCAAGGACUCCGUCAACGACUUCAGGUGCCAGUGCGUGGAGGGCUACCGGGGCCGCCUGUGUGAGGUGAACGUGGACGAGUGCGACCCCAACCCCUGCGUGAAUGGGGCCAGCUGUGUGGACGGACUGGGAGCCUACACCUGCAAGUGCCAGCCUGGGUUCAACGGAACCAGGUGUGAGACAGAAAUGUCGUCCGCGUUCAACCUGGAUUUCGAGGUGUCGGGUAUCCACGGUUACGUGAUGAUGGACGGCGUGAUGCCGGCGCUGACUGAGAUCACGUGCACGUUCUGGAUGAGGUCAUCGGACAGCACCAACUACGGCACGCCCAUCUCCUACGCCGUGGAGGGCAGCGACAACGCCUUCCUGCUCAUCGACUACAACGGGUGGGUUCUGUAUGUGAACGGGAAGGAGCGGAUCACCGACUGCCCAGCGGUGAACACCGGCCACUGGUACCACAUCGGGGUGUCGUGGCGGAGCUGGGACGGGGACUGGAGGGUGUUCAUCAACGGGAAGCUGUCGGACGGAGGCAAAGGCCUGUCAGUGGGCACCACCAUCCCAGGCGGAGGGGCGCUGGUACUGGGUCAAGACCAGGACCAGCGAGGUGAGGGCUUCAACCCUGUGGAGUCGUUCGUGGGCUCCAUCAGCCAGCUCAACAUCUGGGACAGGGUCCUCACUCCACAGCAGGUCAAGGUUCUGGCCAGCAGCUGCCCUGUGUCCCAUGUGACCCACCGAGGCAACGUCCUGGCCUGGCCGGACUUCCUGUCCGGGGUGGUGGGCAGGGUCAAGGUCAACCGCGACAGCAUCUUCUGUGCUGACUGCCCCCUGCUGGAGAAUGCAGAGGGGCACCUGCGUGCCUCGAGCCAAGCGGUGAGCCCAGGCUCCCAGGUGCAGCUGUCCUGCGAUCCCGGCUUCUACCUGGUGGGGGAGCCACUGCUGCAGUGCCAGAACAAAGGAGGCUGGAGCCACCCCCUGCCGCGCUGUGAUCGAGUGACCUGCGGGCCCCCGCUCCCCCUGGAGCACGGCCUGUACCAGGGCUCCGACUUCCAGGCGGGCAGCUCGGUGGUCUACCAGUGCCACCCGGGGUUCUACCUUCUGGGCGAUGCUAAGAUGCCCUGUGGGAACAGUGGCAAGUGGGGGGGCAACCCUCCAGCCUGUCUGGAUGUGGAUGAGUGUGCUCUAGGAUCGGACUGUGACGAACACGCCAGCUGUCAGAAUACAGACGGGUCAUACAUCUGUACCUGUAUACACCCUUACAGUGGAGAUGGAAAGAACUGCACAGAACCAGUGAAGUGUCAGAACCCAGGUUCUCCGGAGUUCGGCCACAGGAAAGGCAAUCGCUUCCUGAUGGGAAGUGAUGUCACGUUCUCCUGCGAGGUGGGCUAUGAGCUGAUUGGCUCUGCUCACUUAAAGUGUCUGGAGACAGGAAGCUGGAAUGGGGACUUUCCGUACUGCAGAGCUCUGUCCUGUGGAAGUCCCCCUGUUCCUGACAACGUCAUCAUGAAGGGGGUAAACUUCACGUUUGGAAGCAAGGUGACUUUCAGCUGUGUCAAGGGGUUUCUUCCUCAGGACUUCUAUGAGUCCCAGUGCAUGACCAGCCUCAGCUGGAGCAGAGCGCCCCCUGCCUGCCAGCCCGUCACCUGCAGCAACCCCCCAUCGGUACAGCAUGCAGACUACACUGUGAAGGGGAACACCUAUCAAUCCACCGUCACCUACACCUGUGCUGAGGGGUACAGACUGCAGGGAUCCGGGGAGGUGGUGUGUGAGGCGUCAGGGGAGUGGAGUCGCCCCACCCCUCGCUGUGACAGCGUCCACUGUGGCGACCCCCCCGCCCUUAGAGACGCCGUAACCAAGGGGGACAGCCACGCCCUUGGUGACAAGGUGCACUAUGUCUGCAAAGAAGGAUACACUCUCAUUGGUCCAGAAACCACAGAGUGCCUGCCGAGUGGUCAGUGGAGCCUUAGCUCCUCCCAGUGUGUCCCACGCUCCUGCGGGGACCCGCCCACUAUCGACCACGCCCUGGCCAUGGCCAGCCACAAGCUCUACAACGACAAGGCUAUCUAUUACUGCAACGACGGCUACACCGCCAGCAACAACUCGGGGCUGGUCUGCAACGCCGAGGGUGUGUGGGCGCCCCCUGGUGGCCAAGAGACACCUCGCUGCAUCGCCAACUUCUGCCAGCGUCCGCCCGACCUGCCACACGCCAUCCUGGACGCGGCCAACAAACCCAAAUACGCCAGCAACACGGAGGUCAGUUACAAGUGCGAGGAGGGGUUCGUGCUCAACUCCACCGCCACGCUCAGGUGCAUGAUGGGAGGGGAGUGGGCGCCGUCGGCGUUCGACGUGGGCUGCGUGCCGGUGAGGUGUUCCAAGCCGGCGACCAUCGAGAAGGGGGACGUGAGCGGAUCCAACUACAGCUUCGGGGCGAUGGUGGCGUACAGCUGCGACAAGGGCUACCUGAUCCGGGGGGAGAAGAGGAGGACGUGCGAGGCGAACGGGGAGUGGGGGGGCGUCCUGCCCACCUGCCAGCCCGUGUCCUGUUUCAGCCCCCCCAUACUGAGGAACGGAUUCAUACAGUCUCCACCACAGAUCAAAGGCAGUUUCGUUUUCAACAGCAAAGUGACCUACGCCUGCAACCCUGGCUACCGCCUGAUUGGCCGACCGGAGCGCGCCUGUCAGGCCAACCGGGUGUGGUCCAACAUCGAGCCGCCCACCUGUGUCCUCCUCACCUGCGACCCGCCCCCUGACAUCGUAAACGGACACUACCGGGGCUCCACCUUUGAGGUGGGCAGGAAGGUGGAGUACGUCUGCGAUGAGGGCUACGAGCUGGCGGGGGACUCCGUCUGGACGUGUCUGAAGUUCGGGAAGUGGGACAAGACGCGGCGUCCACGCUGCUCACCGGUCCAGUGUCCCGAGCCCCCACUGGAGGAGAACCAUCUGGUUCUGAGGAGCCUCGAUUCGGACUCGGGUACCGUAGAGCUGUCCUGCGAGGAGGGCUACGUCCUCCACGGGGCGCGGACCCUCCGCUGCACCCCGUCCCAGGAGUGGAAUGACACCUUCCCAGUCUGCAAGCAGGUGGUGUGCGGCUCCGCCCCCGAGGUGGCGUUUGGAGACCCCUCGGCGGCGCGUCUUUCGGCGCCGUCCUACUUCGGCACGGUGGUCACCUACUCGUGUAUGGACGGCUUCACGCUCAGGGAGGAUGGGUCGGUUACCUGCCUGGCCAAUGGGCAGUGGAGUAGCCCCUACCCAGAAUGCAUCCCUGUCGAGUGUCCGCAGCCGGCGGAGAUAGCUAAUGGGAUAGUGGACGUGCAGGGUCUCACGUACCUCAGCACGGCCCAGUACAGCUGCCGGCCUGGCUACUCGCUGGCGGGCAACACCACGGUCCUCUGUGGAGAAAGUGGCGUCUGGAUUGGAGGGGUCCCCUCCUGUAGGCCAAUCGAGUGCUCCGUUCCGAAAGAGAUAGCCAAUGGGAAAGUGGUUUACACCAAGCUGCAGUUCAGCCAUGCCGUCACUUACUCCUGUCGCCGCGGAUACCGUCUCCAAGGCUCCGAGACUGUUAAGUGCCUAGCCAAUGGGAUGUGGGAUCAGGAGGCGCCUGUUUGCGUUCAGAUCUCCUGCUCUCCUCCCAAACCAAUAGAAAAUGGCUUUGUGGAAGGACUGGACCAUAAGUUCGGCGUCACCAUCUUCUACAGCUGUUUCCCGGGAUUCCACUUAGUGGGUCAGAACCAUCUGACCUGUGAGGAGUUUGGCUGGUCCAGUACUGUGCCGGUGUGUGUCCCCUCAGAUUGUGGUCUCCCUCCUCACAUAGACUUUGGUGACUAUAUCAGGGUGCUGGACCCAAGUGCAGAGCUGUCCAGGCGAGACAGCACCAACCCCUCCACAACUCAGGGGGGCGCCACUGCCGCUGCCUCACCCAUGGACAUGAGUUUCCUCCACGGGACCGUGAUCAUGUACCGCUGCCAUAAGGGCUACGACCUGACCACGACGACCAUGCUGAUGUGUCUGGAGGACGGGGGCUGGAAUGGGACAGCCCCCCAGUGCGUCCCCGCAGAGUGUAAGACCCCCCCCGCGCCGGCCCAUGGCUGGGCCAACGUGACCGACACGUCCCUGGGGAGCCUAGCCCGGUACGGGUGUGACGAGGGGUACGCCCUCAGAGGAGAAGCCGUCAGGCGGUGCGUGUCGGGCCGACAGUGGACCGACGGCGUCCCCUUCUGCCGUCCCGUCUCCUGCGGCGACCCCGGAGGCCUCGAUCACGGCUCGGUUCACGGGGGCUCCUUCCUGUUCCUCAGUGUUCUGGUGUACGAGUGUCACAUCGGAUUCGUCCUCCAGGGCAGCGCCACCAGGACCUGUCGGGCUGACAUGAAGUGGGACGGGGGAAAGCCUUGGUGUGAACAUGUGUCCUGCGGUCCCCUCCUGGUGUCCGGUGACAUCACUGUGAAGGGGGGCGAAUACACCUACAACAAACAGUUGAAGCUGAGCUGUCGGCCCGGGUUCCUCCUACAGGGAGCCGCGGUCAGUGUGUGUCAGGCCGAUGGUACCUGGAGUGAAGCCUCCCCCUCCUGCCGCCCCGCCCACUGCAACAGACCCCCCUCCAUCCCCAACGGACUGAUCCGAGGUUCCGACUUUGGCUACGAAGCGGAGGUGAGGUACGAGUGUGAGGAGGGGUACACUCUCAGCGGCCCCGCCACACGCGUGUGUCAGAGUGACGGUCAGUGGGGUGGCCAGGGGCCCCGUUGUGACGUGGUGGCCUGCGACCCACCCCAGGACAUCAGCCACGGCUACCUCAAGGGCUCCAGCUUCAGCUACGACGACGUGGUGGAGUACGUUUGUUUCGAGAGCUACAAGGUGGUGGGGGACCCAAUCCUGCGCUGCUCUUCACAGGGCCAGUGGGUCGGGACGGUGCCUGAGUGCCGGCCGUGCUUUUGCCCCGCCCUGGUGUUGAAAUAUGGGGUGGUGUUGGGACGGGACAACGCGUGCGGCGACCGGGUGUUCUUCCGGUGCGACGAGGGCUACACCGUCCUCGGACCUUCCCAGGCGGUGUGUGAGAAAGACGGGGUGUGGAACCCAGGUGUGCCCGUGUGCGGCCGGGGGAGGUGCAAUUCUGCCCCGCCCGCUGUACCCAACGCUGUCCUGCAGGGCGGCAGUGCUAGCACGCCAGACACUGUCACUUACAGGUGCAGGCAAGGCUACCGGAUGCAGGGGUCCCCCCACCUGAGUUGUGGCAGGGACGGGAGGUGGGGCGAGGCCAAGGUGAGCUGCGAGCCUGUGUCAUGCGGGGUGCCUCCCCUUCUUGCACAUGCUCAGGUGCUGGGAGAGGACUUCACCUACCCCAGCAAGAUACACUACAGGUGUGAGGAGGGCUAUGAGAGGACCACACAGUCAGACUCUCUGAGCUGCCUGGAGGACGGCUCCUGGUCCAAACACAGCGUGAGGUGUCGCCCCUCCCCGUGCCCCCGGCCCUCCAACCUCACCUCCCACCUCCUGCUGACGGGCGAGGACCUCACCCCCGUGGGGGGUACCAUCGCCCUCUCCUGCCCGCCCGGGUUCACCCUCCAAGGCCCUGGCGUGGCGGAGUGCCAGGUGGGAGGAAGUUGGUCCCCUGCCCUGUCUUCUGUUCCCUGUGGCGUGGUGCUGUGCCAGAAACCACUUCCUCUUCUGAAUGGCAUUGCCGAGGGCGAUGGAUACAGCUACGGAGAUAUUAUCCUGUACUCAUGUCUCCCAGGGUUUGACAUGAAGGGAGAUUCUGUGCAGACUUGCCAGGGAGACGGAGUGUGGAGCGGAGCUCAGCCUGAGUGUGUUGCGGUGUCCUGUGGCCCUCCUCCCCUAGUGGAGAACUCAGAAUACCAGGCCUCAGGAGAUAUCUAUCAACAGACCAUAAGCUACACCUGCAACCCUGGCCUGCGACUUGCUGGCUCACAGAACGUCACCUGUCUGGCCAAUGGGACAUGGAGCCUGCCUGUACCAUCUUGUGAGGUCUACCUGGACUGUGAGGCCCCUAGGGAGAUGCUGAAUGGGAAGGUGCAGGACCACAAGUUGACCACCGGGUAUGCUGUAGAGUUCCACUGUGAUAAAGGCUACAGCAUAGAAGGAGACUCUCUGGUCUUGUGCACAGGAGACGGAACCUGGAGCUCAUCUUUCCCCAUCUGCCGACCCCAGUCUUGCCCCCCUCCCCCAGGGUGGAGGGAGAGCGGGGGGACCAGGAACGGUUCCCUGCCGGUGUUCCACGUGGGCCAGUCUCUCCCUGUGACCUGCCCCAAGGGCCACCAGGCCAAAGGCACGGCCGCCAUCACCUGCAGGAGCGACCAGACCUGGAGCCCCGUCAGCAGCGUGUGCGAGAGGGUGUCCUGCGGCCCUCCCCUCCACGUGGCCCACGGGGUGGUGCGGGGGGCUGUGUUCCAGUUCGGGGACGUGGCCGUGUACUCGUGUUUCGGGGGCUACGCCAUGGAGGGCAUCGGGAAGAGCCUGUGUCUGGAGAACGGCACCUGGACCCCCCCUCCCACUUGCAGAGCUAUCUGUUGGCUGAAGUGUCAGAAUGGAGGAGCGUGUCAGAGACCCAACACCUGUUCCUGCCCUGAGGGCUGGAUGGGACGGCUGUGUGAAGAACCAAUCUGCAUCCUGCCGUGCCUAAACGGUGGCCGCUGCGUAGCGCCCUACCAGUGCGACUGUCCCACGGGCUGGACAGGGACUCGCUGUCACAGCGCCGUGUGUUCGUCUCCCUGUCUGAAUGGUGGGAGGUGCAUCAGACCAAACAGGUGUCACUGCAGUCAGGGGUGGAGCGGACACGACUGCUCAAGGAAAAGAAAAUCUCCAUACUAUCAUUUCUAAGAAGCCACUCACUCCCCAGCUCUGAGGAAUCUGGUAUAAUUAUUUCACUAUCAACCAUGUUCUCACCCCAAGGAGACAAACAUUUUGUAAAAUAAAGCUGUAUUUUUUCAUAUAGAAAAUCAAACAGUAUUAAAUAUAUGCUGCUAUAUACUUGUACGAUGUGUAAAAACUAUGUUGUGAUGUGCCCGAUGUAUAUGUGUAAACUAUUCUCACGUUUUUCUUAUUAAAGCAUAAAAUACAA